UCUGCAUAAGGGUACCUAAGCUACUGACACUCAAAAGAAAUUUGCGUUGCACCUGCGGUGACUUUUCUCUGUGAAUCCUCCGUCGAAAACAGCCGUUGGAAUGACAAAGCGGCGGUGGUUGUUGAGUGCCCAGCGCUCCAACAGGUGCAGCUGUAGUUGCUUGACUCGACGGACAAUGACAAGAAAACCCUACGACGAUACACGCCUUUACCGAACAAUGUGGGCAUUUAUCGAAACAAGCAAAUAGCACUCUGAGCGAGGAGUCGGAAUGGCAGACCCGCCGCUGGAAGGAAGGAAUGCCUAGAGAUGAAAGCGUUGGUGCCUCAGCGUACUGUCGGCAAGCCCCAUUGGUACGCAGGCGGACACGCCGAGUUCCCAAAGAAAGGCCAUUUUGAGUAAGACGCUGUCUUUCCUUAGGAACUGUAAAUGUGUCUUCUUACCAAGGAAAGCAAGGAGAACAAACUUUCCCUUCAAGAUACCGGUAUUUGGAAAUGGAUCUUUGCCCCUCGUGUGCAGGGCAAAGCAGAACGCGAGUGACCCUCGUUCGGACCCUCCGGACUUUUCUCCUCUGUUCUCGUUCACUCUAGACUCGGUCCUCUUCCCAUUUCGUCUUUGUUUUUUCUCGCGUCUUUGCUCCGCUUCGUUCGUCCUCGUUUCGUUCCCUUGCGUCGUCCGCUGCAUUCCCCCCUGCGGCUCCACGCACAAAUCGGUUGUGGUCGUGUCGCGGGUUUCUUCGAAAACUAUCAUUUGUAUACGAGCUGUACAUCUACCAUACUAUUCGUUAUAAGGUCUCUUUUUUACGAAUACUCUGUACAUGAUAGAGGGAGCGGAUUGCUGCUGGCCUGGCGCCCGUUUCUUAGCUGGAUGAAUGCGUUCCACGCCUACCGUAGUACUACCAAAAGCCUCUUCUUUUGGAUAGACUGUCUUCCUGCCGGGUCCCCCGUUCAAGCACAACUUUGUCUCGUUCUUUCUCUCUGUUGCAGAAAUCCAGUCGCCAGUGCCCUUGCCUCUUCGCUGCUGUCGUUUUUCUUCCACUCACAAAAUAUCCUCAAUUCUGGCCUUCGAGCCGCAACCGUGUAUACGGGGUCAAGUCCGAGCAUAAAGGUGGCCAGUCAAGGGAGGAGAAGUACGCUCCCGAAGUACCGAAAAGCCCUUCUGCUUUUCUUCGUCUUUUUUGUUAUUCAAGGCAGUGAAGGUGAAAUGGAACUCAUGGUUUCUUUCCAGCGAGUCUUCUGAGCCUUGCGUGUAGGCUUCUCUCUAGUAUACUCUUCUAAUGUAAAAUUAGCUUGCCGCUUUGUCUCCUUUCCCUCCACAUCCACGACGUCCCCUUCCUUCUGCCUCAACUCCUUCGCUGGGAGUGCUCUCCUUUCUCUCUUCGUUCUACGCCGUUCCUUCCUUCCCGUCGUCUGCGCAGCUUUGCAUCUCUUAUCCUGCUGCUCUCUUGUGUCAGUCUUCGUCCUCUGCGCGCGCUGCUUCACCCCAGCUGUUUGUUCUCUCGUUUUUGUUGACCCUCGACGUCUCGCCGCAUUCGUUUUCCUUCUUUUUUUCGCUUUUCUUCCACGAUGCCAUCUGCCUCUGGCCACAGGUCGCUGUUGUCGAGGAUUUUUGAGUCGCCGAAAUGUCCGUUUUCGCAGUUUCUCAAGAAGAGAAGGAGAGCCCAAAAGAAUCCAUUUGGACAAGAUGUGCGCGUGCGUGCGUCAGCUCGAGAUAAGCUGGUGGGCGCCGUGCUGUGGAAGCUCCGGCCGAUAUCUGCUCUCGCCUUCGCUGCGGGCUUCUACCUCCUCCUCUGUUUUGACCAGUUCAGUCGCAACCUCAUCGUCGACGAACACGGCUUCUCUCAUGGUGUCCACCACUCGACCUUCGUGGACGACGCUCAGAUCUUCCGCAUCAGAAAUGCGAUCCAGGAAGCGGCUCAGGAGGAGGCGCGAGACCACGAAGAGCUCAUGAAGACUGAACUGGCGAGGCUGAAGGAGGAAGCGAAGAGACGCGCGACAGGCUCGGGGGAGGGGUCAGGGGCUGCGUCGACUCUUCGCAGCCUCCUAAAGAAGGACUGUCUCCCCUUGAAGGAUGCCCAGGCGACAGCGUAUCCGUUCCUCUACCUUCCAGAGACUCUCUUUGUGAGUUCGUGUGAACAGGAUGAACUCCCGAUUUCCAGUUUCGACAAAGGCACCGAGUUGCUCAACCGGCCCCCGAGAUUCCUCUGUCGCCUGCUCCACCUUUUCUCCGGUGCCGGCUUAGAGGUCUAUCUUCAGCCGUUUCUCCUUCAAGAUGAAGGGCAAAGUCAUUUUACAGACUUAAGUGCAGACACGCAGCACGACGAGAAUGUCAUCUGCGGGACAUGGCACUACAACCUCAUUGCGAUCUCAAAGAGCGACCGAGGCGACAGCCGAGAUGCCUUAGGAGUCUUCACUUCCUUCGACUACUCGCUCCUCCAUCUCCCCUCCCUCGUCGCUUCUUCUUCGUACUCGACUCUUCCUUCAGUCCCAGGCGCCGGUUCUGUGGCGGCCGUCUCCUCCGCUCUAAGUGUCUUUCUCCAGCAUGCAGCCCCGUGGCUAAGCAGAGACGUCUUCUUCGUCUUCUCCGACUUCCGCCUCCCCUACGCGGCGGGUUCCCGCGCGUGGCUGUCGGCUUAUAUUCGGUCUCAGUCGUUCUUCCCUCGUCGAGGACUGCUCCGGAUGGCUGUGGCGCUGGAACCCGAUCGAGAGGGGACAGAGCGAGAGGAGGGCUUCCGCUUUCUCUCGCCGGACAUUGAAGGCACCGACGGGCGGCUGCCGAACCAGGAUAUCGUCAAUGUGUUCAUGGCUGAAGCCGCACGAACUGGAGUCGCUGUGAAACUCAGAAAUACGUGGGAGUAUGUGUUUCGCAUGGCACGGAACUGGGGCGCUCACCGCCCGCACUCUGCUCUCCUGGAAGAAGCGAUUCCCACGUUCACCAUCGUGGCGAGAACCGGCGGCGGCAGAGGUCGAGUCGCCUCAGACGCUCCUCUUUCCAGAUGGGGCGACUUAGCCAGAGUGCUGGAGCGGCUGACGCGAAGCGAAAGCAACGUGCUGCAGACGCUGCACCACUCCUUCAACUUCUACUUCUACGCCAGCAGCCAUGCACACGUCUCCUCAGGCGCCUUUCUGUACCCGGUCUUUACCAUGCUUGCUCUGCUUCUCAUUCCCAUUCUCUCGUCUCGCGUCAUGCGUGACAUUCGAGGCUUCCUCGCCGCCAUCGCUCUCCUUCUGCUGGCAUUUGCAUGCAGCCUCCCCGCCCUCAUCCUUGCUACGAGGCCGUCCGUUAAUUCGCUCCUCUUUGGCGACCCACAUGCACUUGUUCCCUCAUGCGCCUCGUGGCAACGAGACGCGUAUCUCCAGUAUAGUCAGAAAGCGAGCAUCUGGCUGCAGGUUCUUUUCAUCUUUUAUUUCCUUCUGCUCACGUUCGUCAUGUGGCUGGGUCGCCGCAUCAACGCCCAAAGAACAGCGGCCGGAGAAGGCUUUCCUGCGUCUCUCGGGGGGGCAACUGUGACGGAUCCGGCGAUUCUCUGGGAGACGCCGAAGCGCGAGAAGACAGAAGACGAGAAGGAGAAACUUCGCGAGGCCAGGCGCCUAGCAGAUGCACUCGAGCGCGUACAAGAGAUGGAGAGGAAGAAGAAAGAAGAAAAACUAGUGGCAAGUGGCUCUCAAGAGCAGAAGCAGCAGGCACACGUCGAAGACCCGCAUAAGGAAGAAGAGCCGGAGGAAGAAGACGAAGAAGUCGAAGCCGCCUGGCAACCUCCGAGGGCGCCCCCACCUUUGUGGCUGUCUGUUCGGGGAUUCUGCGUCCGUGUUUUCGCUGUAUGGAUUAUUGUCAUGCUCACGCUCUACAACUGGGGCCUCUCUGCCUUCCUCUCGUGCCUCAUGGUUCCAAUGGCCUGGCUGGUAGUCCCGCUCGGCUACCGAGCUGCGGAACCUCCCCGGCCUUUUCUCGAAGAGAACAAGCAAGACACAGAAGAAAAGAACACGGAGAAGAAGGACUGCGGAGAAGAUCAGAAGGGUGAAGACGAAGAGCUGAAGCAAGCAAUGGCGAAAUGGAGAAAACGAUGCAUAAUGGUGAAGGUGGCGACGCUGCUUCGGAAAGUGGUUGUCGCCGUCGUCCUUCUCGGUGUCCUUCUCUUCGUCUUCGAUUCAGAUGUCAUAAAGGUUUAUCGAACGGGCCUGCAACAAACAGCGCAGGAACUCGCUUCGUCUGUACACGAAGCGCUUUCUACUCUCCAGACUGAACACCUUCCAUGGUUUUCUUUCCUUCCACUCAACUUCUUGGAGUGGCUGCGCGCCGGCUCUGUCUUUCGUCCUCUCUCAUCAUCUCCUCCGCAGUACCCUCUCGACUCUUCCUCUCUCUCCUCGACGUGGGGAGAACCGCAGGCCUUGUCGCGCGACUAUGAAAACCACAUGCGUGCACUGCUGCCCUUAGGGUCGGCUUGGUUGUUUCCCCAGCAACCUACUUCGUUUUUGCUUUUCCUUUACUCCAUGGCACGCGACUCUGUCUGUGUCAAUACAGCGAACUUCGCCACAUUUCUCUUCGGCCUUCUGCCCUUCUCCUUCUUCCUGGUAGCUGUCUUUCUUGUCCUUCCUCCCUAGAGCGUUCUAGAAGCGCACUCAGAGCUAUUUUUUUGCAAGUUCCCCAACGCCCAGUUCAUGUGUUCAAGGCCUCAUGUGCGUUUAGUCGCUCGAGCUCGUUGGCAUGUCCCGGUCGAGAUAUUGUGACAGACAAACCCUAAACAGAUAUGGAUACAUAUGCGUGUGCCUUGUUCACCAAUAUAUAUAUAUAUAUAUACAUAUAUAUAUAUAUAUAUAUUAAUAUACAUAUGUAUCCGUAGGUGCGUGGGGGAUUCGCUUUGUAAGUAUAGUUGCCGUAUAUCGACUGGUCAGUCGAUUCACCUGUCUCUGCCUCUGUAGGUGUGUACCUAGGUGAUCUGAAAAUGCCAGUGCAUGCAGUUAUCCUUCGCUGAGUUGAGUUGACGCUUAUGGGAGGUUUUCUCCCCUGACCCUCUAGACGUGUAUAGACUUUGCGUGCCUGUGUGCGAGACGCAUUUUCCCCUUUUUAUACUGACUUGUCGCAUCACGUGACAUGAGCCGGAUGUACUGUUUUUCAAUUUUUGGCACACAAGACAAAGAGGAGAAAACUAUCAAGCCAAUGCGGCGAGAAUUAAUGGCAAUCCCUUGAAGGCGUCUCAGUGGAAACGCUGCCAGCUUUCGGGCCUCGGCAAGUGGGGACAGGCUUCUGCUUUCGUUACACCUCUAGAGAAAGACGCAUGCGAAAAGUACACAUGCCCCGGUAAAAACAGCGUGUUGAAUGGACAUCUGUAGGUGUAUUCAUUUUGGG